GCCCGCGAGUGCGUGAAGGGUUCUAUUUGUUACAACUGCAAUCAAACUGGCCACAAGGCCAAUGAGUGCUCUGAACCUCAACGUGAAAAGGCUUGCUACAACUGUGGCACUGCUGGUCACCUUGUCCGUGACUGCCCCACGGCUCCUCCCAACCCUCGCGCUAACGCCGAGUGUUACAAGUGCGGUCGUGUCGGUCACAUUGCUCGUGCCUGCCGUACUAGCGGUCCUGCUGCCGGUGGCCGUCCCGGCCGUUCUAACUUGAACUGCUACGCUUGUGGAUCUUUCGGUCACCAAGCUCGCGACUGCACCCAAGGCGUCAAGUGUUACUCUUGCGGUAAGACUGGACAUCGUAGCUUUGAGUGCGAGCAAUCUGGCGGUGGACAGUUGUGCUACAAGUGCAACCAACCCGGCCACAUUGCCGUGGACUGUGCUCAAGCUCCCAUUGAGGCUUAA